UAUCGCACGCUUACGAUAAUUAAUAGGGGAGUUCACCAGAUUGUGACAAGCAGUGCGAACCCAAACGGAAGCGGUGAAUUCCAUCUCGAGACGUUUUUACAGAGAGUCAUUCGGGGAUAACUUUAAAAAUAUAUGGUAAAUAGUAAGUUGUAAGAGAUCAAUUGUCCCGCUGUUCUGUGGAUAUAUACAUGUAUGUGCAACAGGUGAUCAAACGUAAACAUCAGUCAAGUCUCUAGGAUUAAUCAUACCUGUAAAUUGCGAAUUGAAAAAGUCAGAUUUAUUUUUAACCACGUGGACGUUUGCGUCAUUAAUAACAGAAAAUGCGGAUGUCGUUUCUGACUCAAUAAACAAGAGAGGGGAGGAACAGACUUCAUAUUUCAAAAUGGUGUCGUAAAAACUAGGAGGUUCUGUCGUGACGAAUCACCUGUGACUGAUGAUAGAAUGAAUUAAGAGAUCGGUUCUAUAAUAUUUAACAAUAAUUCCGAUAAACAACAAGUGUGCUUUGCUAUUUCAAAUCUCAUUCUGUGAUCAAAACCGCAAAGGGCGGUGUCUAAGUGAUAUUUCAAAUCUGUUUCUGUGGCCAAAAACAAGCCGCGUCUAAAAUACAGUGAAAAAUGGAUAUCAAUUCAAAUUCAAAAAUAAACAAAUCUCAAGUAAAAAUCAAAAUGUUUGGAUGUCUAAAUAUUCGAGUAAUCAUCGUUAUUGUGUUAUUAACGAUGUUCCGUACAUGUGUGGCACCUUACGCAGAAUGUGAACAAAACGGCACGUUUUCUGCCUGCCAUACCGAGCCAUUGUUUUUAGAUAUUUCUAAAAAUGACAAUUACACUAUCCGAGUGGAUCCACCUGAAUAUACCUGUGGUCAAACGGUUUCUAAUACUUAUUUUAGAUUGGGCGAGAGCCCCAUUACCGCAAGAACGUGCAGCGUCGGUCAACAUCCUGUGAGUGCUAUGGUUGAUGACGAUGAAGCAACAUGGUGGCAGUCCAUCACGUGGCCGAUUGCAACUUAUGACAAUACCAACAGCUUCGAAAUCAGUAUAAUCUUAUCUUUCAAUAAACUCUAUCGUUUUGCCGAUGAUAUGACCAUUACCUUCAAUUCCGGGAGACCGCGAAAAAUGAUUUUAGAGAAAUCUAUGGAUUACGGAAAAACAUGGACAGCUCUUCAGUACUACGCGAGAAACUGUGCGAACUAUUUGAGUAUUGAUGGUGUAGCUUCACAGGUUACUAAAGAAAAACUUGAUCAAGUAAUCUGCACGACCCGAUACAGUGGAAACGUCUUCAACCCUCAGCCAGGAGGUCAAGUAAAGUUUGCUGCGUUCAACGAUCGAUUACUCCAACUGUUAGGAGCUGCAGGAACCGACUAUAAAACCUACUACGACUCGAUUGAGCAGUCGGAUAUUCUGAAUUUCCUGAGUUUUACAGAUUUACGAAUUAGGCUUAUUUACCCGGCUACAGAUGCAGACGAGACUUCCCGUAGUGUCACUAAAUUCAUGAAUUAUUACUAUGCUAUCUCUAAUAUUGAAAUAACAGGAAGAUGUUUUUGUAACUUACAUGGUUCAUCGUGUACAACUUCAACUGAAAACGGCGAGGUAAAGUGUGUCUGCAAACAUUUUACUGACGGACGUGAGUGUGAAAGAUGUCUACCUAUGUACAACGAUCGACCUUGGAGGGCCGGAACCUAUUCACCCUAUCCUAACGGAACACCGAAUGAAUGUACUAAAUGUGAAUGUAAUGAUCAUGCGACUAGUUGUAUGUAUAACAGUACAGUAGGGCGUGGCGUGUGUAUCGACUGUCAACAUAAUACAACAGGCCAGCAUUGUGAAGAGUGUGUACAGGGAUUUUUCCCUAAUACAACCUUGCCCUUAAACGAUACGCAGAGAUGUACCGAGUGUUCAUGUGAAGUACUGGGUGUCACGGACACAAACAGUUCGUGUAUCCAGACUACCAACGUAUUGGGACAACUACCUGGACAAUGUAAGUGUAAACCAUUAGUAACCGGAAGAAGAUGUGAUGCAUGUGAUCCCCAGUAUUAUGGACUGUUAAUGGCUGACAGUCCUGGAACCUGCAAAAUGUGUAAUUGUGAUACAGAUGGUACUGUAGAUGGAAGUAACGUGUGUGGUCAAACAGAUGGUCAAUGUCCUUGUAAGCCUUCGACAGAUGAUCGGAAAUGUGACGUCUGUAAAGAUGGUUUUUACCAGUUCCCGCGAGGAAUCCCGGCACAGGGUUGUUUAUCCUGUGGUUGUGAUCCAGGUGGUUCCGUCAGUAAGGCCUGUGAUAAAGCUACUGGCAGGUGUCUCUGUAAGGACCACAUAACCGACGAUAAAUGUACCAUCAUUGAAUCCAAUUUUUAUGUUCCUACCGUGGACGACUUCAGAUUAGAACCCGAGGGGGGAGUGGCAUCUGAUUGCACCGUCAACGAGGAUCUUUGGACGCAAGAACAGCCGUUUGAUGGAACACAGUUUGCAAAGUGUCCUCUAGAGAAAAAUGUAACAUUGAAUUUUGCAUCAAUCGUGACAGCCAGGAAACAAAUGGAUGUAUCUUGGCCCUAUUAUGCGGGUAUACGAUACAGUGUGAACACGACAGAAACCAUUUUGGCUAUGCUAAUGAUUGAAGCUACUGGAGCGAGCGGUGCCACUGUAGAAGAUAUUAGAAGUCUAACUGGUGUAACUCUCCCUACGGCUGAUUAUAACAUACCGGACAAUUCUUCGGUUGAGAUACCAUUAAAUUUAACGAUGGGUAUAUCAACUGGAGUACUUGUUACUGGUGUUACCGUGGAUAUAGAUUUACGCAGUACCUAUACAGUAUCCCUAGCUAUACAAGGUAUUCAAGGCUCGACCAGUUAUAUCAACAUAGAUUCCGCCAUAUUGGUUCCAGCUCUAACCAAGAUGAAUGGUUCUACGGUCGUGGCAAGCUUCCGGACUUAUGAGGAAAGCACGAAUAUGGCAGCGACUACAGGCUUGUACCAGAGAUGCGCAAGUAAAAUGGUGGGACUGAAUACGAGAGAUGCGACUCUUCAGGAAACAACGUGCAGUGCACUUCUCAGAUCCGUGGGAGCUGAAAUAAAUAAUGCAACCAAUGUCUGCGGAUGUGAUCCUACAGGAACUGUAGUUGGUACUGUUUGUGAUGCUGUGGGAGGACAGUGUCAAUGUAAACCAGGGGUAGGAGGAAGGACAUGUAGCAGAUGUUUAUCGGGAUAUUACAAUCUGACAAUCGAUGGAUGCAAACCCUGUAACUGUGUUGAUGGUGGAUCACUCAAUGGUGCGUGUGAUAGAAAUAAUGGACAAUGUCCAUGUAAAACUAAUGUCGCCAUUGAUGGACAGAUUGACGUGACUGGAAACUCGAGUUCAAAACAGUGUAGCGCUUGUGUCCAGGACUUUUACGGAUUUGGAUCUUUAGAGGGUUGUUCAUCAUGCUCCUGUAAUUCAAGUGGCAGUACCGCUUCCCAGUGCGCUGCAGACGGGCAAUGUCCUUGUAAGCCAACAAUUGGCGGGAAACAAUGUGAUGUCUGCCAGCCGGGUUAUUUUAAAUUCUCCGCUGAUGGAUGUGUAAUGUGUAGUUGUUCUUCGGAAGGAAGUUCAACCGGAUCAUGUGAUAUAACAACAGGUGCGUGUCAUUGUAAAGAUAACGUACAGGGUGACAAGUGUGAUACGUGUAAAUCUGGUUACUUUAAUCUGGUCACUACCAAACCAAAAGGAUGUCAGCCAUGUUUUUGUUUCCGCCAUGGGUCCACUUGUUCUUCAGCUUCCGGUUAUUCGCCACUUCAACUUACGGUUACUGGGUCUGAAAGUCUUGUACCUCAAAAUGGCUAUUAUUCAGCUCCACCGAGUUUCCUUGGAGAUCGCCAUUGGUCAUAUGGUCAAUCCCUUACAUUUGUUAUUCAAAACAAUGACGCUGAUAUCAAUCUCCAGAAUGUCGAACUGGUGAAAAUAGAAAACAAAGAUAUAAGUAUGACGUACUCCCUAAACGAAUCAUUAAUACUGAAUCAAACAGCGAUGACCAUGGUUGUACCUAUGUACGAAUGGAACUGGAUGUACAUGUCUAACGGAACACAAUCACAGGCAACAGCUAUAGAAUUUUACAGAAUCCUAUCUAACGUAUCGAAGAUUUCUGUGAAACAAGAUGUAAAUGGAACCAAUGUGUUUAUAUCUGAGUUGAUGAUGACCACAGCCCAGAAGGUCGAAGGUCAGGGUACAGCUACAUUUGUUGAGCAAUGCGUCUGUAAUACUGCCGACGAUAAUGUUGCAGGAACCUCAUGUGAGCGGUGUGCUGUUGGAUUUAAACGGCCAAAUUCCUACAACGACACCAGUUACGCGAGCUGUGUGGCUUGUGAUUGUAACAGUCGAGGGGCAACAACUCCUCCUGUAUGUGAUGAAUGGAGCGGAGUCUGUCUGAAUUGUAGAAAUGGGACCAUGGGAGAUCACUGUGAAUCCUGCUCAGCCAAUGUACAAGAACCAAACUGUGAUGCCUGUAUGACUGAUUUCUAUGGUUUGGAUAAAGAUGGAUGUAAAGCCUGUGAAUGUGAUAAAGUGGGAUCUACUGGUACUGAUUGUCUUAAAGAUUCGGGAAACUGUUCAUGUCAACCAAACGUGGUUGGAAGAAAAUGUGAUCAAUGCAAAGAUAAUUAUAAUCAGUUGACUACAACAGGCUGUACAGAGUGUGAUGAAUGUUACAAGUUGAUAUUAACACAAGUGGAUGUAUUACGAUCACAGAGAGAUAAUUUAACCAGUGAAAUAACAAGAUUACGACAGAAUGACAUGAAUGAAGAACUUGGACCUUUUACCACAAGGAUAGACCAAACUAAAUCAGACAUGAAUAAACUAAUGGCGUUUUUAACUCAAGCAGGAGAAGCAGAAACUACAACUCAGACUAAAAUUAGCGCCUUUAAGGCCCAUACAGUUGAUGCCUCUACUAGGAUCGAUACCACCAAAUCAACCAAACUGGUUUCUAUACAGAUGUAUUUACAAAAAGGAGAUAUAAAAUUACAAGAAGGGCUGGAUAAGAAAGACAUGGUAGACGUGACUGUCAAGGACACAAAUGCCAAUAUCGAUCCCAUAUCAAAACGGUUGGUAAGACUACGUGAAUUAAUGGACAGUUUGAAAUCAGCAGAGACUUAUUUAGAGACGUUAUCCAUGAAUACGACAAGUGGAUUAUCAGACAUAUUGAAAUCUAUAGCAUCACUGGAAAAUAUCAGUUCUACUGCUAAUGCACAGGCUAAUCAAAUAUUAGAGGAUGUUCAGAUAUCUUUAAUGGGUCACGAGAACAACACUCAACAGUUAUCCUCCUUAAAAUCUCAAAAUGAUCUUUUGAAAAGCAUCGGAGAGACUGCUCUAUCCGAGUCUAGGGAUGCUCGAAUGACAAGUAAUAUAACGUAUAACACGGCAAUUAGACUGAGCGCCGACGUGUCAGCUAUUGAAAGCUUUAAUCCAGAUAUAGCUGCCUUGAAGACAAGAAUCGCAGAAAUUUUACAAAAAUCGAAUGGUUUAAAACCACAGCUAACAACUGCACAAACAACUCUAAGUAGCAAAGAUUCUGAGAUACCCGUCGACAGAACAUUAUCCAGUACUCUGUUGUCAGAUACAAGAACUCUGGCUACUACAGUGGACAACAUGUAUACUAAGGCAAGCAAUGCUCUGGAUCUAGCCAAACAGGCCAAAGCCAACGAAUUGAAAGUUUUUGAAGAUGCCGAGAACAUGCUGGAGACAAUGAGAAAUUUUGAUGCAAGAAGGGCUGCUGUGGAAUCUACAGCCAAUGACUCAUUACAAGCAGUAAAUAACGUGAAAACAUUGAGCGAAGAAGUCAUAACACAAGCAGCAAAUCUAAGAUCAUCUUUGACCACGGCCCAACAAGAUUCUUCCCUGUCUAAAGAAGCUGCACGACAAGCUUAUACUUCCAUUCAAACUAAAUUAACGGCAUUGACACCAGUUGCAGAGAAAGCAUCUAUUCUUUUAACACGUACAAACACGGAACUGACCAACCUGGAGGAAAGAGCCCAGCUGGUCGGAUCUACCAACGCCACAGUUGGGCCGUUGGCAACAACCUGUGAAGCAUUCACGCCAUCAAUCACAAACCUCCAGACCAGAGCUGCCAGGGCGGACGAAAAGGCUCAAAAUCUAACGACAGCUGGAAGUAAGACCAAAACGCGGUCGGAUCAACUUCUGUUGGAGAUUCAAAAUAUUGGAGAUAUCGACUUCACAGCGGAUGCUACAAGAUUAGCUAAAUUGCAGUCCGAUGUCCAAGCAGCACGAACUGCCUUCACUGCUUUAAAUCUGACAAACAUCCUGACCGAUCUUAAACAGUCCCUCGACACACAACGCACGUGGCUCCAAACACUUAGAACAGAAAAGGCGGAUCUGGAAACUCAAAUAGCUUAUUUAAGACGUUUAAGCAGUCAAAUAAGAUAACCAUUUCCAACUCGGUAUUAUUUGUUUCCUCACAACGCACGAUACUAUUAGAACCAUCGCCGUGAUAUUUAUUUUUUUAAAACGUUUGAGUAGUCAAUCGGUUCAAACGUAUUUUUUGUUUCCUCACAACGCAACGUACUGUCUGUCAGUGGCGUAGCAUAUCAUGGGUUGCCAUGGGCAGAGCAAGUACUGCACCCACAAAGAGUAUCCGCAACGUUACUUUGCUUCGUCAUAUUGAAAAACUUUGUAGAAAUUCGAACAUUGAGAGAUUUUCUGUGGCAGCAGAGGGCGCGCUAUUUUUCAUUUAUAGUAUUUAAUUUUUACUGCUUAUUUUUAAUUUCUUUAGAAAUUUGCGUGCCCUAAGAAUUUUAUACCUAGGGAAAUUGACCCGGUGGUCCCGCCCACGCUACGCAACGGCUGUCAAAACCAUCACGGCUCUGUUAUUAAAAAGAACAUUUUUUCAAUCAAGAGCCAGAUUCAUCUGUCAUUCCUGUUUCAAACUUUUUUUAUUUAUUUGAUUACAAUUUCGCUUCUGCUAUUUUUCUGAUUUUACAUUUUUCCGAUCAAGAGGCAUAUUCAUCUGCCUUUCCUGUUUGGUUUCGAGCUUCUUUUUUUUAAAAAAAAAAAGCGAUGGUGCAGGCUAUGUUUGAUUACAGUUUCGCUUCGGUUAUUUUUCUUAUUUUUACACUACCUUGUAAGUUUUAAUAAAAAAAGUAUUCUGUUUAUCAUGCCUGAGUUACCAUUCAGAAACUACCACUCGCUUCGAACGACUCGGUUUUGAAAACUUCUUUUUAAAAGCGACAGGUUUUCCUAAUAAGUAAACCGAUGCCGCAUCGCAAUUGUAUAGGCGUAGGUACAUAUCACUUACUGCCAUACAACCGAGGCUUGAUGUAGAGUAACGGCAUCUGCCGAGGUUUACCAAGUGAGAAUUCAUAAAUUAUUCCUUACUGAUUAAAUCAUUAGGCUAACACUGUUCUUCUUGUCUUAAAAAGCCCACGUUUUCAGAUUUUUAUUUAAGUGGUCGAGCUGUUAAUCAUGUCGAACGAUCUGAUUAAAAUACAGAUUUAUAUUUCGUUUCGUUUUUUUUAUACUUUCGAUGGCCUACACUAAAUUUUGAACUAUAAAAACGAAACGAAAUAGGAUCUGUGUUUUAACCAGAUUUAUUAAAAUACAGAUCUGUGUUGUAAUCAGAUUGUAUGUCGAAUAUUGUGUAUAAACUAUGGAUGUUUUGUAUUGUUUGAAUUACGCUGUGGGUUGUACAACUUGUUACGUUUAUUUAUGAAUCCGUUAAUACCCCACGUUCAGAUAUCAGCGUCAUAAUCCAAGCAACAUAAAACAACCUUUAUUCAUCAUUAUUUUAACCUGUUCAUAUGUAAAUAAAAAUGUUCAUGUUUUUUAAACCUUAAGAUAUUAGUUAUAUAAAUGUAUAUUUUUUUAUUCAAUUUCAGACGAAACAUGGUUGUAUUCUCUUAUUAAGCUUUACUCUCGGUUCGCCAGUUAAGCGAUGGACACAUUAGCCGAAUCAAUCGGCGCCUAAUUUUAUUCGGCCGAAUGGGUGGACACCAGUCGAUUGCAUCACCUUUUUCGCCACACGAUUAACUUGGCGGCAACCAUGUCUUCAAACAAUCACAUAACUUUUCGAUAUGUGUGGAUGGUGGGUGAGUGGUGAUUGGCUAAUAAAUUCUACUUUCGGGAGAAUGCUUCGGCGAAGCGGAAUGUAUCAAACAUAUUUGUUUUGGGCGAAUCAUUCGGCUAGUGUGUCCACCGUAUUAGAGAACCUCAAUAUAAUGUUUAUAUCAUGUUAACCUAUUAGCACUUGGUGUCCCCUGUAAAAAUUAAAGAAAGGUGAUGUUUUUACAUUGAAUUUUGUAUCUGUAGCUAAUUUUCGAAAUCGCCGAAACUGCUGCUCGUUAAACCUCCUAAAACUGCCAGAAACUACGGCUCACGAGUCGCCUCAAAUCGUCCGAUUCUUCUUCUUCGUUGAUGAUUAACGUCUGCUACCACUGUAGGGAUAUCGCAGACGAGUAGAAACUUGCUCAUGUUAUUAGAAUACAAUCGCCUGAGCGUGUGAAAUAGCUUUAUUUAACGCCGGCUUCCAUCGAAAUGAUAUCGUCCAAAGUACAUAUGCGCCCUUAAAUAGAUGACAGCUAUUCGAGCAGUAUGGGGGGCACAAGAGUUUCUGGAAGUCCGGGUGCUAACAGGUUAACACCGAUGAUAGUUGUCUAUGGAAGCCCGAGGAGGGAAAGGGUUAAGAUUGGUUGUACAUGUAUUUUAUUGUCAUUAAACAAGGCACGUCAUGGAGCUAGUUUCGAUUUCCUGUAAAACUACACUCCUGGUAUUAUGCUUUUACCUAUUGAUCUCAAAGUUUUUAUUCACAUUUAUACCCCCGUGGUACCAGCUUCACGCGGAUUCUAUAAUCGACACUCGCUUGUACGUGACAAGGGUAGGGUCGCCAGCUGUCCAACCUCGUGGGUUUUCUCCGGAUCUUCCCACUAAAGACCAUUACGCACAAGCGAAUUAUUGAAAUAAAAUUGAACCAUAUGUUAGUCCCGAAAAGACCUAGUUUGUGUCGAGUGGAUCCAAGACAGAUUAUCUACCUUAUAUAUUUUCAAAUUGUUUUAUUGUCUAAAAUCCGCAAAAGGUGAGCAACGGCUUUAAUUGCUAUUCUGUGCUGAAAGUUUAUUGUGCUUCGAUAAAUAAGAUAGCUAUAUUCCAAAUGAUAUUUUAAAAAUUAUUUGUAUAUAUUGGUUUAAGUGUUUUGUUUUCGCUUCAUUUAUUUGUCUUAUUUUGAAUAUGUUUCCUCGAAUUGAUCUAAAUUUUUGGUUAUUUUUUGUCAUUUUCUGUGUUAUAAAUUUUGAUUAAAGCUGAUUAAAAUACAUAUGUAUUUUAAAAAUUGGUCAAUCAUAUAUAUAUUGCUAAAUAUUUUAUUUUUAAUAAUUUACUGUAAAAUUACUUUCCACUACAGUCUUCUUUGUCUUUAAAAAUGAUUCACCGGUUUGUGUAAAAUGCUCUCUGAAGCUCUCAAUGACAGAAUAACAAGUUCUUUAAACUAAGUAUACUCAUUUUUCAUUGGUGGAGCGCUGAAAUUAUAGAACAACUUGUAGCUCAUAAUCAAUGAAAGGGCCGAAUUCUUAAAAUACUUUAGUUUUACUUAAACGUUAUCCCUGAAAAUUCAUUGAUCUACAUGCUUGACCAAUGCUUCCAUUACAAAUAUUUUAUUGUCAGGCAAUUUUCAUAACGCCAUGAAUUGUUUGCAAAUUGAAUUAUCUAUUUAUGACACAAAUUCUUGUGAUUAUACCAGAAUGUCUAGAUAGAAUGAUCUCAGAAAUAAAAAAAAAUAUAAUAUAAUGAUUUGAAAACAACACAGUUUUCAGAUGGGGAAAUAACUCCUCGGGUAGGUUUUAGUGCCACCUACUCACAUGCUUAACAAAUACUUCCACUUGACUGUUAGUUCAGCUCUGAACGUAGGUCUCGUUACACUCGAGUGUAAUGA